CAGAUGUAAGUGGAGGAGCAGCGAUAGUGGGUGGGAGAUAACAAACAGUCCAGGAGAGCAUUGCAAAUUAGAUGAUUCAACAGCCAUCAGGGAGAAAAGACAGGAGCCGUGAAAUGCAAGAAAACUGGCAAAGGGCUUCAGAGCCCUGAUGCUAUGACGCAUAGCCGCAUCCACUCCAAAACAAGGGUUCACCCACAGAGACCGACUCCUCCGGGUGUCUCCUCGAUAUCAGCACUCUGUCACCAAGACGGAUGAAGAGGAAACCUCAACAGCAAAACAAGGGGCGACACAAAUAAGGACACGUCUUAGGGAAGUGAUUUAUGCAGAGAAGCACCGCGAGGGAUCGAAGACUACUUGAGCAGAGCUGAGGAGAAGCACCAGCCCUCCUGAGUGAAAUGCAAAAGAGGGCACAAUGGAGUACACACUAUUGCACACGCUCGUCUGGCUUCUACCGGCAUUCACUUUUACGACACAAGAGUUGGUGAAACUGAGCGUUAGUCCCGGGAUCACCGCGGAGUGCGGCGACCGGGUCAUCCUCAAGUGCGACGUGUCAUCGUCGCGAAAGGGACUAUCAAUCAAACACAUGGAGUGGUUCCAGAGCCGCACGUCGGUCUGCUCAGUGGACGGGGAGGGGAAGAUCAAAAACCACACCCAGUCUCCGAGUGAUUUCUAUUGUGAGUACCAACACGGACAACUGUCCCUCGUCCUCACGAGAGUGAAGCCACUGGAGAGAGGAAACUACACGUGCAAGCUGCAGUCCAACCGGGGCGCUCUGCACGCAGAUACGAGCGUGGAGUUACAAGAGUGUUGUGGGGCCGCUGAGAGUGUCUGGACGAAGGACCGACUCACCUGCACCUUCAAAAAUGUCUACCCGGACGGAGACGUGCACUGGUUUCACGGCUCCCACAAGCUGGCAAGCUCUGGGAAGCAACACACCUCAAAACAUAUGGAAAAAGAGGGUUGGCUGACCAUUCAAAGUUACCUGGAACGGAAGAGUCCACACGUGCCCUACAACUGUUCCUUGAUGAGUGCCGCGUCUGGGCGAUACAUUGCGAGCCCUUUGGUACUGAAUCCAGAGUCCCGGGCCAGCGUCGGAACACAGGGACACAAGGACGGGAAUGGAGUCGGAUCACACGGACCGGCGUGGACACUUCUCUGUAUUUCACUCCUACUUGCUGCCACACUGCGAUAAUAGAUUUGCUGAAGUACAGCCACAUGAUUAGAUAUCAGGUUGACGCGGUGGUUAACAAUGAUUAGGAACAAUGAGGUACUGAGAUUUCUUUUCCUAUGAGUCAUCCUGCAUGGUCUCAUGGUUUAUUCGUCUUCCUUUUAGCUCUCGAUGGUCAAUAAUCAUUAUGCUGUAUACAAUACCUUUUUGUUGUUGUUUUGUUUCAAUAGAGAGUCACUGGUAAGUGAGCAGAGCUUGGUGGCUGCAUUACUCUCAAACACACUCACACACCCACACACACAUAACUGCAAAUGACCAGGGAGUACGUUUUGGCUACUGGUUAAAUUUUGCCUUCAGAUUUAUUUCUGAGAGAGUAAGAUAAAAAAUGUCUGCUGACAGGUGUGUCCACCGCGUGUCCUCUGGAUGGUCGAAUGACUACGAUGUGAUUGCACGCUUUCCGCACGAGCACGAUGAAGUGUCUGUCUUGAACAGAAUACAGACAUUAAAAGAUGGGCUCUGCCCAUGAAUUCCCCUCAAUCACACAGAAGCCUUUGUGUGCAACAUAGAUGGACCCACGAAGCGCUCAGUGAAGCGGUCGUGGACGGAUGCUGCCCUCUGGUGAGCUGCGGCUGUGGUCACUGUGGGAUGUUUCUUCUACCAGCCCUCAGUCUUGCAGUGCAUCCUCCGCAGAGGAGACAUGCGGGAGCCUGUUUCCAGACCGAAGGACUCUCUGCUAAUGGUGUCACUGAAUCGUUGCCAAGGUUCAACUUUUAGCAAGACGUUGCUGCGGCUCAGAGCCCGCUGGGGGGGAUGACUUUGAGAUCACCUUGGCCACUCCAGUGCACAUGGAUAUAGACACACACACACACACACACACACACACACACACACACACACACACACACCAGUGGGCAUUUGUUGUGUAAUGAUCUCUCAGCAGCAUAUACUUUUGCGAAAUACUCCCACAGACAAUCGUUUUGUGGAAUAUUAUUUAUGACUAAUGACAAAAUGAGAUUUACUGCAUGUUCACCUAUCAAAUACGUCACUGAAAGUAAAGCUAUUUGCAUGUAUUAUCACAAGACUAAAUAACUCUUUACCAAACUGAGUGAUGAUGACUGUGGCUACAUUGUUUAGUGAACUCUUGAUGAGCUUUAAGGGAGCUGUCUGAUUAUCUAUAACAUUAUGCACUAAAGGGAACACUAUUGAUUUUUGUUUCCAUGUUGCGAUUCUCAAAAAAAGUAUGCUGACUUAAAUGUUUACAAAAAAGCAUCCCAUAACUGCUGUAAGCUUUUACAAUAGAGCCUUUAAUUAAAGAGAA